UUCCCUCUCAACGCUCAUCAUUUUAAAUUUUUUCCAACACCCAUACCUCUCUUUGGAUUAUUCAAAAAAAUUUUUUAAAAUGAAGCUUUUAUUGACUUUAAUUAUUUUCACUCAAACUAUUUUUUUUGCCUUUGUAAGUGGUGAUUGUGAAGAUGAUUGGACCAGUAUGGCUGAUGAGAAUGGUGUUUCUAUUGGAUUUAAACUAUUCAAGCGGGAUUAUAAGAUAAACUACUACCAUGCACAAGUUAUAUGCAAAGAAAACGGCGGUAAUGUUGCCAUAAUUCACAAUGACAUAGAAAACGGACUUGUUCAACAAAUAUCCGGACCGUCAACAACGAAUUGGAUUGGAAGCCAUAUUAUACCGAAUAGUGACAAUAAAACGGUCAAUUGUUUUGAGUCGGAUAAGUCUCGAUGUGUAUAUGGAUCUUACAACUCUACAAGCGACCUGGCUAGACAAGACGUGCCUUGGUUGCCAAUAGACCAGAUUCCAACGACUGAUGAAUUUGGAGAACCAAUUGAAUGUGUUAAACUGAUUGAUACUUCUUUUGAGGGCUUUGAUCCCACAGCCGUCCUCUGGCUCGAGGAUCCAUGCUACAACCGCAUUGACGGCGUUAUUUGCUCGAAAAGCUGUGAUAACUAA